GAAGUCUCGGCAGCUCCCACCUGGGCUGGAAGCUCGACGCAGCUGGGAAGAAGAAAAAAACAAAACAAAACACGGUGAAGAAGCAAAAUGACGGACGUAAAGUUUAACCGACGGGAGGCUUGACGAUCAGAUAGUUGCGAGACAACAGUAUGGCGCGUCGCUCUCAGUGUUCCUCUGCUGGGGAUAACCCCCUGGACCCCAACUACCUCCCUCCUCACUAUCGGGAAGAGUACCGCUUGGCUAUUGAUGCACUGGUUGAGGAGGACUUGGAGGGAUACUAUCAGUUCCUGCAGAAAGCAGAUACGGUGGACUUUCUGUCUACGCCUGAAAUCCAAUAUAUUCAGAGCUCUGUUCAGGAUCCUCAGCACAGCAGCCACCCUGAGCUACCUUUCCUGGAGAGCGGGGGAGAUGGUUCCUCAGACACUUACUGGCCUGUUCAUUCUGACCUGGACAUCCCAGAUUUGGACCUUGGCUGGCCUCAGCUGCUCCACUUCAUCGGGCCCACAGAGGUCACCACCCUGGUUAACCCUCCUGAGCCAGACAUGCCAAGUAUCAAGGAGCAGGCGCGACGACUUAUCAAGAACGCUCAGCAGGUUAUUGCCAUAGUGAUGGACAUGUUUACUGAUGUUGACAUUUUUGCGGAUAUUCUCAAUGCCGCAGCGAGGAACGUCGCUGUCUACAUCCUUCUAGACCAACAGAAUGCACAUCAUUUCAUCAACAUGGUGUCCAACUGCAGAGUAAAUCUGCAGAGCAUUCAAUUUCUUCGAGUGAGAACGGUGUCUGGCAUCACAUAUCAGUGCCGCUCAGGAAAAACCUUUAAAGGUCAAAUGAUGGAUCGCUUUUUGCUGACUGACUGCAGGGCUGUGCUGAGUGGAAAUUACAGCUUCAUGUGGUCUUUUGAAAAGCUGCACCGCUGUAUGGCACACCUGUUCCUUGGACAGCUUGUAACAACCUUUGAUGAAGAGUUUCGGAUUCUGUUUGCUCAGUCCCAACCGCUAAUAAUUGAAAAUGUGCUUCCUCCAAUGGAAGAUUUAAGUCUUUUACGAAAGAGGCAAUACCCAAGUGAAAGAACUGCACUGUACAGAGAUACCAGAAAGUUUCUAUCAAUGGAUACUGGUCAUCCUGACGAAUGGGCAAGACAUUCCUAUGAGGAUCGAAUGGAUGGGGAUUGGAGGAUGAAGCCCCUUAAAAGGCAGGAUUCGCUGCGUGGCCCUGCAGACAUGUACGGUCGGUUUCCUCCUCAACAAUCACGCAUGGAUCCCCCUUUUGAUCACAGUUCCUCUAGGGUUCCCAUGAUGGACAAUCCUGCUCUUAAACGCCUCUCUUAUGCUGAGGGUGGUCGUGGUAGAUACACUUUCCCCUUCCUGCAGCAACAGGGAAUGCUAGACUCCGAAUCCCAGGGAAGGCAUUUUCACAGGGGGCAGCAGCCUUAUCCAGGACCAGGACAAGGACCUGGACCAGGACCAGAGGCGGAUUAUAGUGGCUAUGACAAGUUCCGGAACCAAGACUUUCAUACAGCAGAUCAGUACACUGAACCUAGUUUACCACAAGAUAUCCCACUAUCUGAUAACUUUGACCCCAUUCGUAACUAUUUAUCAUCCACCAGAAAUCUAGACUUUGACCAGAGCUCAGAUAUGUUACCACCUGCAGCAGAUUUGCCUUUUAAUUCAUCGCAACCUACAAGACUCAGCUUAGGCCAGCCAUAUGCCUGUCAAACCUCUCCCACUCCCUCAAACCCGACUGAUCAGAAACAGUUUUUUCAAGAGCCUGCCACUGACCGUAAGGAUCCUAUGGUGAAACGUGGCCUGAGGAACUGGAGGAUUAGCUCAUACCUCAGUGCACAUGAUAACCCAGACGAUGAAGACCUGCCAAUGGCACCCAUUCAGGCACCAGAUCCUUUUGAGCAGCCCUCUAACCCCACACAGCCAACACCAGGCAUAGACCUAACAGUUCCUAAAAUACCUAAUGUCAGAGAGUUCAAGGUUCCUGCAGUACCCAGGGCAAGUCAGAUUCCCAAUUAUGCCAAAACAGCUGCAAGAGAGCAGCCAAAGAAACUGCCUGAUGAACCUGCUGCAGUGGCAUCAGAAAUCAAAACAACACCGACACCUUCAGAAUCAUCAUCCACAACUGAAGUGGAAAGAACAGAGGAGGCAGAACAAAAGGAGACAGCAACUGCCGGUCUUCGAAGGGAUGAGUCUUUCCGUAGGAAAUACAACGCUGCAUUGCUAAGGAGCUCCAGGUUAAGAUCCUCUCUGAUAUUUAGCUCUCUGGACCAACAGACUCCUCAGGAUACCAAAACUGCUCCAGAUCAACAAGAUGAGGAAGGUGACAAAAAAGAAGCUGAACCAACAAAACUACCUUUUGUUUCUCAAGUUUCGGGACAAAGGAGGAGGGAACCUUUUGAAUGGAGUCGUUACAUAAAGUCAUCCACAGAAUCAUCCAAACCAGAUGAUGAAGGCAGUAAAUCAGACAAUAAAGAUUCAUCAAAUGAAGACACCUUGAAUGAUCUUUCACAAAAUCCUACAACACAGGAGCCAUUAAAACAACCAGAUGCAGAGCAAGUUAAUCUUUCACCAUCAGUGCCUCGAUCCAAGCCUUCUGAAGCGGAGCUACCGGUACAACCACCUCAACCAUUACUCCCCAGUUCAUUAUUUGUAGACAUGAGUGAUCCUGAUAAUAGGCUCAUGUUUUUCAAAGAGCUGGCGGCAAAACGUAAAGCCGCUAAAGCUGCAGAGGCUGAAAAGAGUAAAGAAAAGCCUCAGGUGAAACCAUCAGUCGAUCUGAAAACCAACACCAAUGUUAAAAAGGAUGAGCCUGUACCAAAAGAAACCAUUGCUUCAACAUCUGAGGGUGUAUUAGAAAAAAAACCUGCUGCGGAGGGUGCAGGAAAAAUGGCAUCAACAGAUGGCUGUGGGACAGUUAGUCAGCCUGUAGGUGCCAGUGAAAAGAGUGACAAGCAGGAUAGUCUUGUUAAAACCUCCCAAAGCUGUAAAGCAGAACAAACCAAAGUUUCGGCUGAUUCAGAGAUGAAAGAGCUGGAGAACAACCAGUCAGCAGUCACUCUUCCUGUUUCUUCAAAAACGGAAGCCCCUCAGAGCAAAUCACCACAUCUGUCAAAUCCUGCUGUAAAAGAGAGUAGCCAUAGUCACCCACCCACACCAACCAAUGCUGCUUCUGCUGAUGUUUUUUCUCUUGCACAAGGAACUGAUGAAAGUGAAAGCCCAAGCCCAGAUCCUACCUCAAAGGAGUAUAAUUCAGUCACUCCCAGUUCAGUGGAUGUAACAUCAUCCUCUUCAUUGGGUUCUAACGCUCAGUCAGUUCAGUUAAAAACCAGCAUCUGCUCUCCUCCAUCUGAACAAGACACUGGAUCAAAAAUUAGCUCCUCUAGCCCACCAGUGCAAAGCUCUUCCUCUGAUCACACUCUGCAAGAUGCUGGUUCAUUACACAGUCCUGAUUCCUUAUCCUGUAGUUUGCCCACUCUUUCCAGGACAGAAGACCCCAAGUCCCCUACAGUUAUCCCAGAAGAUUCCAGCUCAGCCCCUGCCUCCAACAUAUCUCCAAAUCUUGAUAAAACAGAACCACAGGAAUCUGUCACUUCCUCUGUGCAAGAAUCCUCCCAGGCACCUGAGGAAACAUCACAAAAGUCUGAGAAUCUGAGUCAACAAACCCAUGUAGAUUCUGCUGUCGAAUUGUUGUCUUCAGAGACCCCUUCACAAGUUGAAUCUACCCACGUGGAAUCUGAUAGUUCUCCUGAUGCUUGUGCUGCUGGUUCAGAGCCAAAGGAAUCUUCCUUAGAGUCCACCACAAAGACAGCCUCUGGAGAAGUUUCUGCUGCUAUACCUUCAGCAAAAGAAUCAGAACAGGAUACUUCUGAAUCAGACAAAGCUGUUUCUGAAUCAGAAAAGGGUGUUUCAGAAUCCGACAAAGAUGUUUCUGAAUCAGAACCAAAGACUGUUUCAGAGGAAUCUGAGGUGCUUGCAUCAUCAGAGGAUGUUAAAGAUGACAGCACAUCUCCUAGUUGUACUCUUCCUUCAGCUGAGUCAGGUUUACUCAGUGUUUCUAGUCUGGAAAGCUCUCCGUCCAAACCUGAUUUAAAAGAGACUAUUACUCCUAUAACCACUCCAGCAGACACUGCACCUGAGCAUUUGCCAUCAGAAACAAGCUCAUCUGCCAAUACAGACGUAACUCCUGAUGACUCUCAGUCAGAAACUCCAUCUCCUCAAGAUGCACCAGUACAAGCCACCCCUUCCUCUGACCUUAAGUUGACAGGAUUGGAUGCACCUACUCCUCCAAAAGAAGUAUCAUGUUCUUCUCCUUUGUCUGAGUCAGUUGGAUCUGUUUUGUCCCCUGUAACUAAAAAUACAGAAACUGAAAUGUCUGCUUUGUCCAGUCCCUCAAAUACAAAAUCCCUUCCCAGUGAAACUCCAUCAGAAUCAGAUACAGCUCCACUUCACACAUCAACUAAAUCUCCCUCCAGCCCAACUGGGCCUACCUCAGAAGUUCCAACAGACUCUGACCUGCCAUCCAAAACACCUGAAUCAGUAACUUCAGAAAGCCAACCCUCAGAGCAGGCUGUACCUGCUGAAAAUAGUGCAACUGAGCCUGAAAUAUUGGACACAGGUGAGAAAAAAUCAGAUACUGAGGACACAAAUAAGAUGGAUAAAAGUAGCACCCAGGAGUCUGUCAACGGUGAUAAACCAAACGACCAAGUCAAGCAAAAUAACUGCUCUGAAUCAACAGAGAUCACAUCCAAGCAGCCAAAAACAAGCCAGUCUCGCUACCACUCAUCAACAGCCAACGUGCUCUCAAGCAGCAACCUGAGAGACGACACAAAACUGCUUCUGGAGCAGAUUUCUGCAAAUAGCCAAAGUAGGAACGAGGCUACCAAAGAGUCUCUCAUUGCCAAAGAGUCUCCUGUUACCAAAGAGUCUCCUGUCACUGAUGACGAGAAAGAAGAUGAAGCUGACAAAAAUGCCAAAAAAGAGAAAGAAAGAGAAUACAGGACAUUUAGCAGAGUGCCGACUAAGCAGACUCCAGAACGUGAGAAGCUGCUGGAGAGAAUCCAGAGCAUGAGGAAGGAGAGGAAAGUUUACAGUCGAUUUGAGAUGGCACCAUAAAUGAGAUCCAAAGAAGGCGGAGCAGAUAAACAGUGGAUAUAGUAUGUUUACAAAGAAGUGAAAUCAAAUGAGAAGCUGAAAUGGAAAUGGUGACAUUCCUCUUUGGGAUUUCUCUUUGGGUGCUCAACAAACAAGCCUCAUUAUGCACAGAAGAGUAAGGAGAUAGGAAACGCUGGACUUUAAAGGGUAAAAAUAACAGCAAUGCUAAGUAAUGUUGUGCCACCUACUUGUGUCGUGUUCAACAAAGGGCUUCUGUGGUUGAAUCAUCAAGUCACUACCAGGGUGAAAAGUUCACGAACUGAGACUACAUUUAUGUGACCAAUCAUGUUUUUACUGACUGCAUGGGUAAAGUGCAAUUUGUGCAACAGAUAGUUUUUGUGAAGAAGCCUGUCCUUGCGUCUUUAUUUUUUACAACACUGACAGCAACGUCUGCUGGUCUAAAGACCUGUGAUGUUAAAGUGUAACAGGAAAUGUUUAAAGUAGUCAGAGUCUGUAAAACUGUAAUACACUGUUAUGUUAAAGAAAGAUGUUGAUAUUUACAUAUAUUUUUUAAACAAGUGGAUAUGUACUGUAACUUACAUCCACGCUCGUGUAAAUAAACUGUAAUUUUAAUCAACAUGAUAUAAAAAAAAAACUGAGAUUGAAACGGAACAGCAGCUUUAAAUGAUGUGCCUUCAAUAUUAAUAUGUAAAUCAUACUGUGUGUGGUUUUUAUUUGUUUGCAUUAUUGAACAUAGGAGUCAUUGAGGGUUAAUGUUGAUUUUUCAAGCUGCAUCUGGUUGCCUUAAAGGGUCAGUUAAUGCAAAUCACCCAAAUACCCAAAGCAUUUUCAUUCAGAUGAUUAGUUAAACCAACACAAAGUAUGAAGCUUUUUAAGUGUAUUUUUUAACCAUGGAAAGCCAAAGCUACCUUAAAAAUAUAGGGUUAUAUUUUAUAAUAUGCUGGAACCAACCUAUUAAUUGUCUUAAAAUGUCUGACCCACCAGUGUUUAAAUGACAACUUUACUAGAUUUACAUAAAAAUAUGUAGACUUGUGCUUUUUAAAGUUAGUUUUACAGAUUCAUGAUAUGUGUCUUCAGUAGCAGUUGUAAAUAAAAUUUCUUAAACAUG